CACUGCAUGGGAAGAACAGAAUUUUUGCAUGGCUAUACAGGACAGUCCAGUAGUUCCAAUUGGGAGGAGCCCUAGGACAGAUGUCCUUUUAAAGGCGGAAAAAGCAGUGUUGGAGUCUGGCAGUAGUGUUGUAAGAUUAGCAGGACUUUACAAAGCAGAUAAAGGUGCACAUGUUUAUUGGUUGGGGAAAGGCACUGUUGACACUCGUCCAUAUCACAUCCUCAAUCUUAUACACUACAAGACAUGAGGAGAGAUGUGCAGGAGAUAUUCAAGAUGACUCCUCAUGACAAACAAGUUAUGAUGUUUUCUGCAACACUCAGCAAGGAAAUCCGUCCUGUUUGCAAGAAAUUUAUGCAAGAUCCAAUGGAAAUUUAUGUUGAUGACGAGGCGAAAUUGACCCUUCAUGGUCUUGUACAGCACUACAUCAAAUUGAGUGAGCUAGAGAAAAACCGCAAGCUGAAAAGUUUGCUCCACCAUGUGAGAAAGGGGUGCUAUGGAUCCGAUCUGCCAAAAAAGAGCAUUCUGAUAUCAACUUGGUUGAGUUGGCAAAUGAAACAGUUAAAGAAGAUGACAGAGCUGUUUUAUUGGAGUGGGGAGGUCUCCAGUCAGCUUCUCCUAAAGCUCGAAGUUCACCUGUCACAUCUCACGUUAUUUCUUCUAAUGGAUGAGACUUUCUUGCUAGAAAAUCGAUUGACACUCAGAGCCAUAUCUGAAUUUGGUGUCCUUUUGAUCUACUUUUACUUAUGUGACCAUACAAUUCUCUUCGGUGAAUCAAAAAAGGUUUUGCCAAUGCCCUUAUCUUAUAAUUUAUACUUUUCAUUCCGCGAGUUCGUUACUUUCUUUGGUGAAGUAUGUGUUAGACCAAUUUUAAAUCUUAAAAAGAAAAGUUCAAUGUGAAAAAUAUAGAAAGAGGAAUGGGUGGAUAUCACAUUCUUUAACAACUUUGAAAUGUUAUUUUAAAAUAUAUAUAUAUGUAUAUCCCAGAACUUUACGAGGAAGUGAAAGGAUUAGCGAGGUCAUAACCUGAUCCACUUAUAUGGGCAUAACCUAAUGAACCAACACUAAUAGAAAGGAGAGAUAACAAAAGCAAAAUUAUUAGUCGACGGACUAGCUGCUACUAGAUGCUUCAGUCUCUCUUCUGCUUCCUUGGAUGUGUAACCAAACAAUUAUGGAGGACUUCAUCUCUCCACAUAAAAUUCACAAUGGCCAGGAUAUACAGUUCUUGUUUUCUGUAUCUAUUUCAGUUAUAAUUGGUCCAUCUGCAUCAAAGUUGUGUCCAAUGA